GUUGAAUGCAUGCGCGCUUCGACCUCAUAUCACAAGUUUCGUCGAAGCCACGUCGCGCUGACACACUUUCAUCAAAACUCCAGUCUUUAUGUUAUCUCUAAAGGCGGAUACGCUCUUUAUAUGGAAGGAAUACGCGUUUUAUUGAGGAGGAACUCGACGGAAAGCCGCCGAGACAAAACAAAGAAGCCCAUACGGCAAUGUACUGUUCGUAUUAUAGGACAGCAUUAUAAGGAGACCAUCGGAGACGUUCCAGUCGUCAGAAUCUUUUUGAGCGACGAGACGUAUCGCGCCGUGAAACUAUCUGACGGUCUGACGUGCGACGAAGUCAUCAAACUUCUCUGGCCGAAAGUCGACUUGCUGGGCAAGCGGGAAGAAUACGGGCUGUACGUUGUCUAUCGUUUGGCAGAGCCACGAUUCGUGAACGGGAGCGACAUUUUAGAGCAGCUGAACACGAAUCCGUGGGACAGCGUCGUGAAAAUCUAUUUGAGACACAAAGACGACGUUUCCGACCCCGAAGAGUUCGUCGACUAUGAAGGACAGCAGAGCAUCGUUCUGCCGCGAGCCAGAGCGAAUACGAACACAUUACCGUCGGGACGGAUAUUCACUAACCCGUUUGCGACGACUACGGGCGACAUCUCUCGAUGGCAGAGAAAACAAGGCUCCUGGUCGAACAAAUUCCAAGAAAAGUUUAAGAAUGCGUGGUCAUUGGGAACACAACUUUCUACUGAUGAGCCGCCCUUGUCGCCUGAUGAUCCCGAUCGAUUAUUUGAAAAGAAAGGAGAGACUGUGUCGUCUGUAUUUUCUGAAUUUGAUGACUCGGUGAGUACCGAACGAUAUGACAACAUUGAAGAGUCGGACUCGUGUUAUGGUACGUUGAGAACACGAAUGUACACGACGGCGGGAACGUUUGGUGAGACCAAGUCACUCGAUGCCGUCUCCAAGUCGUCGUCGCUUCGAAGUCGAAGUCAAUCGUUACCACUGAUUGAUGGUGCACCGAAAGUUGAAGAUGAUGGCACGUUUUCUACAUUCGUUCCUCUUACUGACGAACAGUUGGAUCAUCUUCCUCCCCAGACUGCUGGUUUCAGAGAGAGCGGUAUUUCUCUUUCGAGUCAUUCGAGUUCGUCGGCAUCUGUUGGCGCGUCAUCACCGGCAAGUGUUCAACGCCAGCCGCCUUCUACUUCGCCAAAACCAAAGAGAAUUAGUCAAACAUCAACCAUUUCUCAAUCAGUAGUGUCAGUCGUAUCUCCGCUCUCUCCGGUAGUACCAUAUCCACUUUCACCACCUAACACUCCGAUGUCUCUAAAAGGAAGUGACAGUGAAGGUGUUACUGUGUCUCUUGGAUCGCCAUUGCUGCCACUACCAUCACCACCGCCGCCGCCUCCUGUGUUGGCAGACUCGGCGUCAUCUACCCCACCUCCGUCAACAAAAACAAAAUCAAAGUCAACACCGUCACCGCCUUCUGUCAAGAAAGGGAUAGUUCCUCCUCCACCAACUCGACUACAACCGAGAGGAGAAGCUCCUCCACCGCCACCUCGACUACAUCUACGUCUCAGCCGGUCAUCAACAGGCUCCAAUUUGGAAACGGCCGCUUCGUCAUCAUCUCCUCAUACACCACAAUCAGCCACAUCUCUUCCCAACCAAGGAGCAUCUCAUCCACUUCCUCCUCCCCCUCCUCCACCUCCCCUUUGCCCUUCUAUUCCUAGUAAUGUGACAGGUUCUCAUAAAUCAAAUUUUUGUUUGGCCUCUGUGACUAUUAAAUCCACUAAUUCCGUUCCUACUAAUCCCGUUUCUACUAAUUCUACUCUUACUAAUUCCGUUCCCGCCUUUUCGACCGCUCCUGCUCGUUCUCCGGUUCGGAGGAGAAGUCAGAAAGACAGUCCGAUAGCACAGGCAUUGACACAAUUGUUUGCCUCCAGGAUAGCCAGUCCCACAAAACCCUACACAUCAGCAUCACCACGACUUCCUGCACCAGAUCCUGUUACUCCAUCACCACCACCACCACCUGCAUCAUCACCAGGUUUUUCUAAAAGAAGAACAACUGCUACUAACACUCGAAAUACAGCUGCACCUCCUCCACCACCACCACCACCUCAACCUCCUCCUCCUUCUCUACUAGAAAGUAAGAAUUUCGUUCCAUCUGCACCGCCACCGCCACCACCGCCACCACCACCUCCUGCAGCUUCUAGGCUACCAGGAUGUCCGUCUACUGUUGCUGUUCCUCCUCCACCUCCUGUACUUCGUCCAGCUCACAAGAAAAGUCAAAAUUCCAUUCCAUCUGCACCUCCCGUUCCUCAUCCGGGUUUAGCAAGCAGUCCAGCAGUGUCUACCCCAGCAGCUCUGUUCAGUCAAUCAGGAGCCUCAGCUGGCAUCCCUCCACCACCACCACCACCUCCUCCUCCUCCUCUACUGGGUAAGAAGAAAUGAAGAAGAGAUGAACUGUUUUAUGAUCUAUUUAAUUUUGCAUAAAUGGAAAAACGAGUGUACAUACAUACAUACAUACAUAUACAUGUACAGGUAGACUUCCCGGCUGCUUGUGCUUGCUGGAUGAGUCACCACCAGUGUUCGCUACUAGUUACAUGAGUACACAGCUUCUAUGGUUUUCCGAGAAUGGUCAUAGUCAUGAAAUCUUCGUAAUUGAUUUGUAUGACACCUCG